GUUACAUUUGCUACACUUGGUGAGGACACCAGAUGAUGUCCCUGGAUGUGCUUCUUAGUGCUGGUGUUCCGUGGUGCAGCUCGAGAAUUUGUUGUCACUUCCCAAGAGCUUAUCACUCGGGGUUCAGUCCUGGAUAUUAUUGCGGAAAUGUUGCUGAUAUGGCUAAUACUGAAUCGUCGAGUGUUGCAAGAGAAGCUGCAAUACAUAGUGCAGCUAUUAGGUGUCCUCCAAUGGUGUCUCGCUUCCAGUUAUCAUAUGAUCUUGCAGUCUCGUUAUGUUCUAGGUUUGUUUUCUUUUCUUAUGUGUGAUCCUCUUCUGGUAUCACGCAGAAAUGGUCUC